AUGACAGAUACUAGUGAGGGUAAUAUUAAGGUUGUAGUUCGUGUGAGGCCACUUCUUCCUCGAGAAGACGAGAAUUCACAUUGCUUGGUUACCAUGCCUGAAUCGAAUCCUAAAAUUACUUUACUUGAAGUUCCAUCAACAUCUUCAUUUUAUCAAAGAGGGAAUUCAGAAGAAACACCAAUCAAAAAAUAUCUGUUUGAUGAAUCAAUAUGGUCGUAUAACUCGAAUGAUCUGAACUAUAUUGAUAACAAGAAGUUUUACGAUCAAACAUCUCCACAAAUAAUUGAUCAUGUAUUUCUGGGCUUCAAUGUUUGUUACCUUGCAUAUGGUCAAACAGGAUCUGGGAAAACACACACUAUGAUGGGUGAUCCAGAAACUCCAGGUUUAAUACCACUUUUAGUAAAAGAUUUGCUUCGUAGAAGAGAAAAAUUGGUUAAUGAAAGAAUUAAUUGUCAACUUAAAUUUCUGUACAUGGAAGUUUAUAAUGAACAAGUGAAGGAUUUACUUGGGAAUGACAAUAACAAUAAAAAAUGUAGAGUAAGGGAACAUCCUAUAACUGGUCCAUAUGUGGAGAAUUUGAGUGAAUACAAUAUUAAUAAUUUCCAAUCAUUUUUAGAAUAUUUACAACGAGGGAAUCAAAUCAGAUCAACUGCUCCUACUUCAAUGAAUGAUAGUAGUUCAAGAUCUCAUGCUAUCAUCACACUUUCUGUAAUUCAAACCAAAUUCAAACAAACUAAUGAUGGUGGAUCCGAUGACGAUACUACCAUUGGGGAAGCUGAUGAAGAAAUGAUAUCUAAUAUAAAAUUGGUAGAUUUAGCAGGAUCUGAAAGGUUGUCUAAAACAAAAGUUUUCAAACAACAAGAUAGAUUAAAGGAAGGUACUCUAAUCAAUAAAUCACUUACUGUUUUGGGAAGAUGUAUCAAUAUCCUUUCAGAUACUAAUAAUCAAAAUAAUCAGAAUAAUUCGCCAAUGGUUCCAUAUAGAGAUUCAGUAUUGACAUAUAUUCUAAAGGAAAAUUUGUCAGGUAAUUCGAAAACUUUUAUGUUGUUUUGUAUUUCACCAGUUGAUUUUGAAGAAUCUUAUCAAACCCUUAAUUAUGCAACACAAGUUAAAAAGAUUCGUACAAAGGCAAAGGCCAAUAAAAAGAAAAUUGUUGGUGGAAAUAAAACUCAAUUAGAUUGGAGUACAUUACAAGACGAAGAUCUGGAAAUAGUUUCUGAUUUGAAGGAUGAAGUGCGACAAUUAACUGAAGAAUUACAACUGCUUAAACUGUCCUCGGUUAAUCAACAUGAAAAUGAUCAAGAAAAAUGGCUAAAAUUGACACAAUUCCUUGAAUCUCAAACUGAAACAGUAAGGUUUGAAAAUAAAUAUUUACAACAUAAAUUAAAGCAAAAAUCAGCAGAGAUAAAUGAAUUGAAGAAUCAGGUUGCAUACAUGUAUCGAGAAGUGGUGGAGAUUGUUGAGACGUCAGAACAAGAAAGGAAACAUAUGAAUAAGAAGAUGAUCAAUCGUCUGGCAAAUGUUAUUCUAGAACAGUGUCUACUUGGUCAAAGUGAAGUACAUGACGAUAUAAAUAAAUUUGAUCCAAAGUAUGUAUUUUAG